AUGUCUCGCAACAUUCGCAACAAGUCCUCUGUGGGUUGCCGCAAGGCUACGAAGCGUCGCGACUCCAUCACGUCCUCCUCGUCCUUUGACCUGUCUGACGACGGAGGCUACUCUGCAGUCGAAGACAUCAGCGAUUCUUCCGACGAUGAUGAGGAGGAUGUCGAUGCGGCCGAGGAGGAGCAUAUUCUGCACGAGGUGCUACCCCCCUCUAAUAAUAUACCGAGCCCCCCUCGGCCGCCCGUUGUCCAAGAUGACGAUGAAGAAGAAGACGAUCAGGAACAGGAUGAAGAUGAGGAAGACGGCGCUGCCGAUGUUGAGGACAGCGCAAGUUGGGACGGCAUCAUGUCCGAGAUCGAUGAAAGUGCGGCUUCUGACCACCAUCAACGGUCAGUCGAACGGCACGUUCGCUUUGAUGUCCCCUCGAGUGAUUCCGACUCCACCGACACCGAGGACGAUCAUGCCGACUUCUUCCCCGACAUAUUUGUUGACCAAAGCUCUCUCGACCCGGCCUUCCGCCGCGAGAUCGAAAAUGAUGAUGAAAAUGACGAGUCUGAAAACUCAAACUCGUUCUGGGACUACCACGGCGACUACCAUGGAGCCUAUGGAUACGCUCCUGACGCCGAAUCAGAUGUUGAGGCCCUGGUUCAGGAGCUCGGCGACGAUGACACACCCAUUGCUACUCCUAUGGCAGCCGGCGAAGUCUCUGAGAUGCCCACUCCGGUCGCAGCUUUUGAGGAAACCCAAGAGCUAGACGGCUAUGAGACUGAUGGUGAUACAACUGAAGAAGAUGAACCGGAACCCGUUGUCCGCCGCAAGAUUAAGCGCCCUGAACCGCCCGCUAACCAGUGGGACGAUUCUGAUACGGAUCUCCCGGUCAAGGGCGAAAGAGGUCGGCCGCGUGUCGGCCGCUUCAACCUAGACAACUCUGAGCGAAAGCCCAUUGCUGUCGUCAACCCCAUAUCCCGCAAGAUGAUGAUAUUCACUCCCCACCGUCGCCGCCAGCUUGAUCUGUCGCCUGAGCAGUUCAACUUCCAAUAUCUGCCUCCCAUUGACGAGAACCAGAACUCUCCCAUGCUCAGUAGCUCUGCCCAGAUCAUGAUGAGCGCCAUGUUCUCGUCCAACACGUUUGGUGAUUACCUCAACACACAAGCCAUGGGGCCUGCCGAAGCCUUUUUCCCCUUCCCCUCGGAACCCAAUACUGCCGAUGAGAGCUCAGACGUGGGUUUCGAUGAGGAGGAGGGAGAUGACGAGGUGGAGAAGAGCCUCAACAUCAGCGACUUCAUCGAGUUCGACGAAAACCAUUCCUCUGGCGAUGAGGACGAAGAAAACCAGUGGGAUGGCGACCCCCUGGGUUCUACCCCUGUCCGUCCACGUACCUCGAGCGAUGUGGACUUACAUUCUCAUAUCAACGCCAAUAACGUGGGGGCUUUCCGUCGCGACCAAAUCAACCAGCGACUCAUCCUGAGCGAUAAAGCCACACAGGACUCUCUUGCCCUCAGUAGUCCUUACAACUACACUGCCCUGCGUGGCCUCAAGUCGGACCGCUUCGAGACGGCAGCCGUUCCCUUGACACCUCUCCGGCGGUCCAAAAAGCAGAUGCGCGACCUCGCUCGCAGCCCCCUCGAGUCAAUGUCCCAAAAACGCAAAGCAUCCAGCGAGAUACCCAUUGGCCAUAAGCGCCAACGCAGCAUCUCGGACGUCAACUUGCUGCAUCUCUAA